GAUUUCUUGCCAGUUGCAGUAUUCAGCUUCAUCAUGGCUGGACAUCUGUUGCUUGUCGUCCUCAUCUAUUCUUUUCAUGAGGUCAAAGUACAAGCCCUUCUUCCAGCUACGCUGACAGUGAAUCCAUCAGUGAUCACAGAGACAGACUCGGUCACACUGAACUGUCAGACUCCAUCGUCUGUUUCUGUGUCUCACUGUUUUUUCUACACUUUGAGUGGAGGAACUGUCAGAGCCCUCUCUUGUCUGAAGACACUGACAGGGACUGAGCUGCUGCUGAUGGCACGUCAGAAUUCACCUGCCAAGGUUGAAGUAACAUGUUUCUACACUGUAAAUCUUGGAAAGUUAGAUUCUCCAUACAGUGACAUAUCCUCCAUCACCAUUAACACUCCUCUUCCGCCUAAACUGACAGUGAAUCCAUCGGUGAUCACAGAGACAGACUCGGUCACACUGAACUGUCAGACUCCAUCGUCUGUUUCUGUGUCUCAGUGUUUUUUCUACACUUUGAGUGGAGGAACCGUCCGAAACUUCUCCUGUCAACACACACUGACAGCAACUGCGCUGCUGAAGAUAUCACACCAGAGUUCACCUGCUGUGGUUAAAGUGACCUGUCAUUACACUGUAAAGCUUGGAGAAAAAAAAAUUGAAUCUCCAUAUAGUGAGAUAUCCUCCAUUGCCAUAAACAAUGCUGGUGUGACUCCAGAAUCUGGUAGUGAAAAAACAGGUCUGAGUGUCAGUGAGCCUGGCACCAAAGAUAGCUCUCUUCCUGUAACCCCACUGAAAAAGGCUCCAGCAGGAACAAGCAUAUGGAAAUUGACAGUCAUUGUGGCUGGUUGUGGAGUGGCUGUGGGUGUCAUCUUACUAUUAUCAGCAUUUCUCAGGAACCAGAACAGAGCUGCAGGACCUGAGGAAGUGAAAAGGCAAGAGUCUCAAAAUCAGAACUUUGACACACGCUGUUUUUACUCCAUCAUCUCUGAGGAGCCAGCUGCAUCGGCCCUGGGAGCAGGACCUGAGGAAGUGAAAAGGCGAGAGUCUCAAAAUCAGAACUUUGACACAUACAGUUUUUACUCCAUCAUCUCUGAGGAGCCAGCUGCAUUGGCCCUGGGAGGUAUGAAGAACAGCACGGUGCAGGCACACUGAAACACAAACUUUUAAACACAGAGCGAAAGCAGCAGCCUGAAAAACUGUUAGAAAUGUAAGCCUUGUGUUUAGAGUUGACUUGCAUAGGACGGUAGAAUAGUAUAAUUUUAGACUCCUGCAAUGCCUACCAACGGAUAGGAUUAAACCAAAGUUUUACCAGAGGUUUCAAGUUUUAAGUUGCAGUUUAAAGUAUAAAAAGCACAGCAUGUAUUACAACUUUUCCUAUUCUUUCAGAUCAAGACUAAAAAAAAAAACCCAAACAAACAAAAAAGAAAAAUAAGAAACAAAACAGUAAACAAAACAGUUCAGUUUCUGUUUGUAAUUUUUGUUUGUUUAGUUUUCUUAUGUUUUUUGUUCAACUGAAACAUGAAUGUAUUUACAACACUCUGCUUUUGUAUAUAACAGCAUACUAUGAAUUGCUUUGUAUUAUGUUCUGUAUUUAGUGUCUCUAUUUUUUAUUGUUUGGUUUUGAGUCUCAUUCAUUGUUCCAUUUUAGAUCCUCACAGUCAUUUCCUGGAGACUUACCGUCAACCUAACCAUUAUUACUAUUUGGUCUUCGCCCUAAAAUCGAAUGAUUUAUAUAAUGGGGACUUGAUUUUUCUCCCCAAAAGGAAGAUGAGUCCUCACAAUGUGAAUGUGUUAGCAGAUUUAUGUCCCGACAACAUGAGUAAUACAACACACACACACACUUGAGAAAAUAACACGAGGUGGAAAUGAAGUAAAAUAUUUCUUUGUAUUUAUUCACCAGCUUU